AUGGAUGAAGUAGAUUGCUGGGUUACGAGAGAUUUCAACGCUGCUCUUGAGCUACUCGUACAAGACGAAUUUGAGAAAGGUAACGAGGUUUUGCGCAAUUUACUCGCCGACUCCGAUACCCCUAGGUAUCACCGCAUCACAUGUUACACACUGCUUGCAGGUAGUCUGGAUGACUUCGAUGAAGCAUACGUCUUUUACGUCAAGGGUGAAGCCCUUUGGCGAAUUACGAAGCAAAGGUAUGGUAACGAUCCAAAUCCGGUGGUGAAACAGACGCUGGAUGACCUUCGCGAGUGUUUGGAAGAGAUAAGGGAGGCUUUGCUCAACGACGAGCAACGACCCGAGACUGUGCCACUUCCCAACGUCGAGGUAGAUGUGCUUCGUGCUAUAGGAGCAUGCUAUGACGGAGUGGAGGAGGACCUUGAGAUCGCGGAGGUAGAGGAAAAGGCGUGGUCAGAGUACGAGAUGAGCGACGAGGACAUGGGCGGCGAAGAGGAAGUGAACGACAGGGAAACGAAGGCUGAGAUCGAGCAUGAAUUGGACGACAAAGAGGAGAGCGAGGCCCAGAGGGCUGGCGAAGAGCAGACAGCGCUACAGGGUCAAAAGCCAAAGGGCGAGAUGGUGCUACCAUACCGUCCGCCACACAUACGCUGA